UAUUUAUUUAUAGAUAACCAGCUAUAAAAAUUUAAACGCGUAUCGAUUGAUACAAUUUUAUUUCGAAACAGAAUCAUUGACACCGUACCCUGGUUUAGUUACUAUAAAUCACAAGCCGCGUUAAAUACGCAAAGUCAUAAUUUAUUAUAGAGGUUCUAUGUAAAAUCUUGUUGUUCAAAGUUUAGAGAAUAUAGCAUCAGACUGUUUUUAUUCAUUUUAUAAUGUGGAAAAUUACAAUUGAGGUUUGAUUUUCCUGAACUUAAAUCCCCAGUUGCUAUAGUGAUGGAAAGAGCAAACAAAUAAAAGUACUCCAUGAAAAUGAAUCAUCUGAAAGAAAAAAAUAUUAUUUCUUAUUUUUUAAUGUGUUAUUUCAAUUUUCUUCAACCACUUGCUGCAAAUAAAGAAGUAGUUGAAUUUUCUCAACCAUCAAAAUGUAAAAAUAAUGAAUAUUUUAAUACAGCUUCAUUUUCUUGCACACAAUGUGAUAUUAAUAAAAACCUAAAACCAUCUCCAGAUAGAUUAAGAUGUACAUGUGAUAAAUUUAAUAAGAGGACCUUAAAGGAUGAUGCUUUUUAUUCCUUAAAUGCAACAAUUACUGCACAUGAAAGCAAUUGCACUUCAUGUAAUAAUGCAACCUGUGAAUGUACCACUGAUGAAAUACAAGUAGACAGAAACUUAAACAAUACAUCAGUAGAUAUUGUAUGUUACAGUACAUGUCCUGAUAAUCAUUAUCCAUCUGUAGAUAGAUCUAAAUGUUUUCAAUGCAAGAAUCUUGACUACAAUUAUUAUAUAGAUUAUAUAUAUUCAACAAAUUACUAUUACACAAAAAUACAAGAUUAUUGCCCUUUUAAAGACACCUCUUUGGAUAAACAAGAUUCAGUAGUUGUAUAUCAAGUGAAAUUUGAAACAGAAAAUGUAGACAGCUAUUAUUUUAGAAAUGAAUUAGAAAUUGCUAUGUAUUUUUGUAAGAGAAAGAAUGAAUUAGCAUGUGAACAUUUAUCAAAUAUGUGUGCCUUGAGUCUUUAUGCUAAUAAUAUUGCAUGUAUACUAUUUAUGCAACCACUAAAAGCUCCUGUAUGGUUAUUUUAUGAUAAAAAUAAGACUGCAGCAGUGUUAAAAAGCACACAAAUCACACAUAAGUAUAAGUUAAGGUACAACAAUGAUAAUAUACUGAAUUUUACAGUUGCUACAUUUUCUUUGCACGGUACAUUAAAAUUUAUUGGUACACCAGAUAUGCCAUGUAAUUUAUUGCAGAAUAUUAGAUUUGGUAUAAACUUGGAAAAAAGGUGCAAACUUAUCCUUAAAAACUUAUUGACUGCAAAAGUAGAGUUACUGACUCCUUAUUUAACAUUUGUGGAGAAUAACAAAAGUUUGAUGCAUGCAUUGCCCAUACUUAUUAAGAAUAUUAAUAAGAAUGAUAAUGAAGUAUCAACUUGGCAAUUGGUAAGAAAAUUUUUCUUUGUCGAUAAUGUUAGUGGCUUUAAAACACUCUCAAAUUUUUCAACUGAUGAAGUUAAAAGAGCUAAUGAAUUAUCUGUGCUUCGUUAUAUAAGAUCUUUAAAUGUUAUGAUCAAUAUUCAAAUUUCAAAGGAUAGAAAUAAAAUAUUUCCACCUUUAUUGAUUAUUGAAUAUGCUGAGUUAACAUAUGAACAAAUUAGUAAAACCACUGAAGUUACAUUAGAUUACAGAAUUGAAUUUAUUUUAAACGACAGUACUAUUGAUAGAAAUCUUCAGAUAAUCAUUGGAGUAUUCUCAGGAUUAGCUUUUAUACUUUCUGGUAUAAAAACUUGGAAUUAUAGUAAACGUCAUCAUAUUUCAUUUUUUAACAUAUACAUACUACUUUGGGCUUUCGUUUACGCUGCGGGUACUAUAGGAAGCGUAAUUAUUUUGAGUUUAAUCAUAUUUUGCAUAUAUUUAUUUACGUUUUACAAGGGACAAACAAUACCGUAUAUUCUACUUCCUGGAGAUAUAAAUGAUGAAACCAUUAAAAUGUGCACUAUACUAGCAUUUUCUUUUAAAUUUAUAGAGAUACUUGGAUUUAUUUGUCAGUAUUGGAAUAUUGAUAUAGUUUUUCUUGAUUGGGAACAACCAAAAGCAAUAGAUAAUCAAUUUAAACAUGAUUCUCUAGAUAAUACUAUGAACAAAUUACAUGUAAAUAAAUUUUCAAAAGAUAAAUACAAAGUGUUACAAACACCAUCAGAAAUAAUAGCAGCUAAAAGAAAGAAAAUAAUACAUCAAUUACAUAAGCAAAGUAAUUCUGCCUAUAUCGAUAAAUCUUCUAUAGUUGACAAAUAUAAAACUGAUUUUUCACCUCAGUACUCAGAAUCAAACAUUUCUGUCCAAGAAAAGGGUAAUUUUCAUAAUUUGCCUAUCAGUAUCUGGAGAACAUAUUUUAUUGCAAAUCAAUGGUUGAACCUUCAAACACAAAGAAAGAUAAGCGUAAUAAUACAAUUAGUUGCUGUUUUAUGUACUUUUCAGGUCAUACAACUGUAUCCUUGGAUUCUUGCAAUACCAGAAUUAACAUCUAAUUCUUCAGACAGUAAUUACAAUUUCAUUCUGUAUUAUACAAUAUGCAUUUUAAUAUAUAUUUCGAUAUAUUGUAUUCAGUGGGUGGUAUCUACUGUUACCUACCAAUUAUUUAUUCCAAAUAGGAUGCAAGAAUUUGUAAAACUAUGUUCAGUUGCAAAUAUCAGUGUAUUUAUUUUACCAUUUAAUUAUUAUGGCUUCUAUAUUCAUGGAAGAUCAGUGCAUGGAUUUGCGGAUAUAGAUUUGCCUACUUUAAUGAAUAAUUUAGAAAAAGAAAAAAACAAUUUAUGUGCACAUAAAGGUCUUGUACCAGGAACAACCCAACAAACUUUCAUACUUUCCUUAACACCAACUUUUAAAAAUAUCUUUCAGAAAAUUUUUAUAGCAACAAAAAUUAAACAAAACAAUUUUCUGGAACCAUAUUCUGUUGCUACUAUAAAUUGGGAGCAAACCUUUAAUAGUCAGUUUAAAUUAAAACAAUUUCUAUACAAAUUUGUGGAUCACUGUUCUAAAGAAGAUUACAUUAUUAAAGAACAACUUUUCUUUGAAAAGUUACUUAACAUUUUACUUCCCCACAAUGAUGAAAAGUCAAUUUUUUAUAUUGAUACUAAGAACUCCUUUGAUCAAGUAUUAUUAUGUGGAAAUGAGUGGUUGUUAGCAACAUUUGAAAUUUCCAUAUUCACUUUUAUCAUAGUAUUAUGUGAAGAUUGUACAUUAGCUAUUACAAUCACAAUAUUAAUAUCUGUAUUAUUAAUUUCAUUAGCGCAACAUAAUAAUAAAAGAAAUUUAGAUAAUAAUAUGCUGUUAGAUAAAACAUUUCUUAUAUAA